AUGCUGUUAUGUAUUAACAAAGCUGAUGUAAGUGAGGGUGUUAGAUCGAUGACCCUAUGGAUUGAGAUUUCAUGGAGAAUAUCAUGGCGUCGAUCAGUGUCAUCAGGCUAUUUCUGUGAUGACAGCGCUAUAGAAAAUGGAGUGUUAAAGUCGGGCGAAGGGGAUCUAGACUGUGUCAGCCCGUGUUCGGGAGGUGUAGAUUUGACUUUUUAUUGUACAGACUUCAGUGUUAGUGAAGACUGGUCAUCUGGAGUCAACACCGUUACAUUUAGUUCAGGAACUCCUUUGUUUGAAAUGAGAUUUACUGGUGGCGAUUGGAUAGGUAGUCUUAUUAUCGGCUCAAAUGGCAGGUGGUCACUCCCAAUGUCUGUAAAUUUGACGAGGAGACAGGAUACUGGAAGGCUGAAUUCAUCUCCAAUUUCCUCUAUUACACCAGUUGUUCGGCUUCAGUAUGGCUGCAACCAUACAUUGGUAAUUCCAGUAACUGAUCCGGACAGUGAUACUGUAAGAUGUCGAUGGGCCGUAGGAUCUAGAGAGUGUGGAGAUGUGUGCGGAGGAUUUCUAAAUGCUGUACUGGAUGAGGCUACAUGCACCAUUACAUAUCAGGCCAAAUAUCAGGUAGGAUGGUAUGCUGUGGCACUGAUGAUUGAGGAUUUUGCAAGUCCAUUGUCUACUUCACCAUUGAGUCAAAUACCUCUUCAAUUUUUAGUAGAUGUUUACAACAAUGCUAUGCCUUGUAGUAGUGCACCAUACUUUAUUGACCCAACACCGAAAGAUGGGGCAUGUAUCGCAGUUCCAGAAAAUGAGACAUAUUUUCAAACAAUUGUUGCGGACAGCGGAAUGGAGGGAUCGGGGAUAUCUGACAUUGUAACCGUCUCACCGUUUGGAUUUUCAAAAUCAGAAGUUGGUCAAGUGCAAAGUGAUAAUCGAUUGUUUUAUGUAAAUCUAACAUGGACACCUACUAAGCAACAAGAAGGCGAGAAUAUACUUUGCUUUACUGCUGAAAACACAGAAGGGUAAGAGAAAGUUUUGUAAACA